GGACUGUGGUGACGCACAAGCUUUGACGAACCAGAUCACACAGACAGACUCUUGGGUGUCCAGUCACUAGCUGUACAUAACCCUUGUUCUUCCUCAGCUUUAAAAAGCUCACAUACAUUCAUUUGUGGAAGCGCGCGAGGGCGGAGAGUGCAGAGGAACAACUCAAACUAUGUGAAGUUCCAGUCACCUUGACCAGAGAUGGAAAAUUCAGUGGAAGACGAGUGCGCUGAUUCCGGAGCGGAAACCGGAGGGUCUGACUACAGUCUUAUGUCAUCAGCAAGCAGUGAUCUGUCCAUGGGGGACCUACAAGACCCUUUCCUCGUAUCCAUCCAUAUCAUCACUGACCCAGGUCAGUCCAAAACACUCCAGAAAGCUGCUGAUCAGGUCCUGUCUUGGUUCCACCCUGAUCUAACCCUCUUUAGGGUGUCCGAACGUGCAUCAGGUCUAUCUCGAAUGCCCAAAGGUCACCUGCAGCGCUCCAGCGAAACACCGCGUCAACCAGCCCUUGCUGUCAUCCUUUUUCUUCAAGAGGAGUAUGGAGGUGAGGAGAGUCUUGAACGCCUCCACAGUCAAUUGAGAUGCCCACCGUGGAGAUACCACCACACAGAGCGGGUGAACGGACGUGGGCUGUUACCCCUUUCGCCAGCCAGUCAGGACUUUGUUACACUUGCUCCAGGCACGCCGCUAUGGGCGCUUCGCCAGGUGCAUUACGGCAAAGAGAUUGUGCGCUUCACCAUCUACUGUCGUUACGAGACGUAUACCGAACAGGUACGUCUGUAUAGGCUGCUCCUGCGACGAAGGCUGGCCCAGAAGAAAGACGAUUUCUGCUUCUGUGUGGUCUAUUCCAACCCUGAAACAGAAAUCCAGCUAUCAUUUAAGCGGAUGCCUCGUGGCCAGAGCCCUGCCCCUACUGAGAAUGCUGUGAUGGAGAUUCGAGUGAGGGACAUCGGGGAACUCGUGCCACUGUUACCACGACCCUGCACACCCAUCAGUGACAUCCGGUGGCAAACAAACGAUUAUGACGGAAACAAAAUAUUGCUACAGGUCCAGGGUUCACCUUUCAUCCGAAAACACAUCAUUGCAAAGUUCUCUCAUAUUCCUCCUGAGGAUCCUUCAUUUGAUCCUCCACCCGAGCCAGCCCCUCCACCUCCACCCUACGGACGCGGUCCCGCCUCAUACCGGAACCGGCGUUUCCACCGUAACUCCUCACGUUCACGGCCCCAGACCCUUCCUACGCUGGUUUCUUACAACUCCAAGACAUCACUAUGUGAUCAGGAGAUCCGCAUGGAGCGGCUCCAGAGGGAUGUGGAGCUGUUACGUGCUGGAUGGACAGGUCACCGCACUCAGUCCUUAUUUUCCCUGCCUACUGAUGACUCCCGCUCCACCAGCGCCUCCCCUACGAGCUUACCACCCCGAAGCUUCUCCUCCAUGAGUUCUCACAUCUUCCGUGUCAAUGUUGACACGCUAGUGGGAGCCGAAGAGACAGAUGUGGAUACGGGACAAACCAUCAGUGGCAGCUCUGUGGACCUGUCGGUGGUGUCAGGUUAUUCCCGCCCUCAAUCUAGAUCCCAGUUUAAGGCCUCGCCUCCUCGGCCUAAAUCUGCUCCUCCAUCGGAUGGAGGCUCUGAAUUUAUUGAACUGACCAAUAAUGUGUCCUCCUUUCCAAGACAGACUCAUAUGCUACCUAGAAUGCAAAGCAUCUCUUCGAAUUCUACAUCCUGUAUGGUACAAAAGCCACAGCCAAAGAAUAUAAACAUGUUACAAAAAGAGGCAGUCCAAGACACAGGACGACACAACAGCAAUGGCAUUGCAACAGUAAACUAUUGUACUCAAGAGGGAACAGUGGAAGAUGAACAAGAGUUUUAUAUCUGACACACUUUAUGACCACUGCGGGACAAAUGUUUUAUAUGUUUUGAUGUUUUCACAGCAGAUGUUUUGAUCGCUUCUAUUACAAAAGGUGUAGCAUAAAGAAGACAUGCCUUUUCAUCUUUAAUAGCAGCUAAAAAAUAAAAACUCAAGCUUUGUUGUUCUAUAGCA